ACCCCACUUUCUUCAUUUUGGUAGACUCAUUCUCAUCGGCUCUCAGGAUCUCUCUCUAAAUUCAUUUGGAAGUUUUCUCCAUCAUCAAAGUAUUGUCAUCAAUGGCGGACACUGAGACGUUUGCUUUUCAGGCUGAGAUCAACCAGUUGCUGAGUUUGAUCAUCAAUACUUUCUACAGCAACAAGGAAAUUUUUCUCCGUGAACUUAUCAGCAAUGCCUCCGAUGCUCUAGACAAAAUCAGAUUUGAGAGCUUAACAGACAAGAGCAAGCUUGAUGCUCAACCUGAGCUUUUCAUUCACAUUGUUCCUGACAAAACUAACAACACAUUGUCUAUAAUUGACAGUGGUAUUGGCAUGACCAAGGCCGACUUGGUGAACAAUCUUGGUACCAUUGCCAGAUCUGGUACCAAAGAAUUUAUGGAGGCCUUGGCUGCUGGAGCUGAUGUUAGUAUGAUUGGACAGUUUGGUGUUGGUUUCUACUCUGCUUACUUGGUUGCUGAGAAGGUCAUUGUGAUCACGAAGCACAAUGAUGAUGAACAGUAUGUCUGGGAAUCCCAGGCUGGAGGGUCAUUCACUGUAACUAGAGAUACUUCUGGUGAGAACCUUGGUAGAGGUACAAAAAUUACGCUCUUCCUCAAGGAAGACCAGCUUGAGUACCUUGAGGAGCGCCGACUCAAGGACCUGAUCAAGAAGCACUCAGAAUUCAUUAGCUACCCAAUCUCUCUCUGGAUUGAAAAGACUACUGAGAAGGAGAUUUCUGAUGACGAAGAUGAGGAGGACAAGAAGGACGAGGAAGGUGAAGUGGAGGAUGUUGAUGAGGAGAAGGAGAAAGAAGAGAAGAAAAAAAAGAAGAUCAAGGAGGUGUCCCAUGAAUGGUCAUUGGUGAACAAGCAGAAACCCAUCUGGAUGAGGAAGCCUGAGGAAAUAACAAAGGAAGAAUAUUCUGCUUUCUACAAGAGCCUUACCAAUGACUGGGAGGAGCAUUUGGCUGUGAAGCAUUUCUCUGUGGAGGGCCAACUUGAGUUCAAGGCUGUCCUCUUUGUUCCUAAGAGGGCACCAUUUGAUCUGUUUGACACAAGAAAGAAGCCUAACAACAUUAAGCUUUAUGUUCGACGUGUUUUCAUCAUGGACAAUUGUGAGGAGUUGAUUCCUGAGUAUCUAGGAUUCGUUAAGGGUAUUGUUGAUUCUGAGGACCUGCCUCUCAACAUUUCAAGAGAGAUGUUGCAACAGAACAAGAUCCUCAAAGUUAUCCGCAAGAACUUGGUAAAGAAGUGCAUUGAGCUUUUCUCUGAGAUUGCUGAAAACAAAGAAGACUACAACAAAUUCUAUGAGGCAUUCUCUAAGAACCUUAAGCUUGGCAUCCAUGAGGAUUCCCAGAACAAGACAAAGAUUGCUGAAUUGCUUCGAUAUCACUCCACCAAGAGUGGUGAUGAGAUGACCAGUCUCAAGGACUAUGUGACUAGGAUGAAGGAGGGCCAGAGUGAUAUCUACUACAUCACUGGUGAAAGCAAGAAGGCAGUUGAAAACUCCCCAUUCCUUGAGAAGUUGAAGAAGAAGGGCUAUGAGGUCCUCUUCAUGGUUGAUGCUAUUGAUGAGUAUGCUGUUGGUCAGCUCAAAGAGUUUGAGGGCAAAAAGCUUGUUUCAGCUACCAAGGAAGGUUUGAAAAUUGAUGAAAGUGAAGAUGAGAAGCAAAAGAAGGAACAACUGAAGCAGAAGUUUGAGGCUCUUUGCAAGGUUAUCAAGGAUGUGUUGGGAGAUAAAGUGGAGAAGGUUGUGGUCUCAGACCGUGUUGUUGAUUCUCCGUGCUGUUUGGUCACUGGGGAGUAUGGGUGGACUGCUAACAUGGAGAGAAUCAUGAGAGCUCAAGCUUUGCGGGACAGCAGCAUGGCUGGGUAUAUGUCCAGCAAGAAAACCAUGGAGAUCAACCCUGAGAAUCCUAUUAUGGAGGAACUGAGAAAGAGAGCUGAUGCUGACAAGAAUGAUAAGUCAGUGAAGGAUCUUGUGCUGCUGCUUUUCGAGACUGCCCUUCUCACAUCUGGCUUCAGCCUUGAUGAGCCCAACACCUUUGGCAACAGGAUCCACAGGAUGUUGAAGCUUGGAUUGAGCAUUGAUGAGGAUGCAGGUGAGGGAGAUGCUGACAUGCCAGUUCUGGAGGAAGCUGAUGCAGAUGCUGAGGGAUCUAAGAUGGAGGAAGUUGAUUAAGCCUUUUAGCCUAUCUUCUGAUCUUCUGAUUGAUUAUUUUUUACAUUAUGAUGUUGCGGUAGUCUCUAAUGGAUACCCUGAUAGUAUUUUGAAACUGCUCUAGAAUGUUUUUUUCUUUUUUUUUGAAAUAUUAUAUCUUCUUUUCCUCGCUGAGGCGGACA